CUCCCCCCCGGAGCCGCUCCCUCGCCGCCUCCCUUUCCCCUGCUCCAUCCCUUCCCUCGGCUCCAUCCCCUCUCCGCUGGAUGAGGCGGCCCCCUCCCCGCUGCUGACCCCUGCGGACCCCGGCUGUAGGAUGAACCCGAAGGACUCGGAGGGGGCGAGGCCGCUCCGCUCCCCGAGGAGGAUCUAGUGGGGGGGCACCGACGCGACGCCGCCCCCCGCCAGGCACCUCGUCCUUCAUGGUGGCUCCCUGCGACCACCAUCUCGGAGCAGACGCGCAGCCCGGGGCCCGUGUGUGUGUCUGUGCGCGCCGCCGCCGCGGCCGCCCGAGUGAGGGAAAAUGUCCACUCGGACUCCAUUGCCCACGGUGAACGAGCGCGACACCGAGAACGAUGUCGGCUCAUCAUUGGGGGAAGGCUUUUGCGAAAAGCACACGUCCCAUGGAGACGGACGGCAGGAAGUUUCCUCUCGAACUGGGCGCUCUGGAGCUCGCUGCAGGAACUCUAUAGCCUCCUGUGCUGAUGAGCAGCCGCAUAUUGGAAAUUACAGACUCCUUAAAACCAUUGGAAAGGGGAAUUUUGCAAAAGUGAAACUGGCAAGGCACAUCCUAACUGGCAGAGAGGUUGCCAUAAAAAUAAUUGACAAAACACAGCUGAACCCAACUAGUCUACAAAAGCUCUUUAGAGAAGUAAGAAUAAUGAAGAUCUUAAAUCAUCCAAAUAUAGUGAAGCUAUUUGAAGUCAUUGAAACUGAAAAAACUCUCUAUUUAAUAAUGGAAUAUGCAAGUGGGGGGGAGGUGUUUGACUAUCUGGUUGCACAUGGAAGAAUGAAGGAAAAGGAGGCUAGAGCUAAAUUUAGACAGAUAGUAUCUGCAGUGCAGUAUUGCCAUCAAAAGCAUAUUGUUCAUAGAGAUCUCAAGGCUGAAAAUCUAUUGCUAGAUGCAGAUAUGAACAUUAAAAUAGCUGACUUUGGUUUUAGCAAUGAGUUUACAGUUGGAAAUAAACUGGACACCUUUUGUGGCAGCCCACCAUAUGCUGCUCCAGAGCUCUUUCAAGGGAAGAAGUAUGACGGACCUGAAGUAGAUGUUUGGAGUUUAGGUGUUAUUCUUUAUACUCUCGUGAGUGGAUCUCUUCCCUUCGAUGGACAGAACUUAAAGGAACUUAGAGAAAGAGUGCUAAGGGGAAAAUACAGGAUUCCUUUCUACAUGUCCACAGACUGUGAAAACCUCCUCAAACGUUUCCUGGUGCUAAACCCAACAAAAAGAGGCACUCUAGAGCAAAUCAUGAAGGACAGGUGGAUCAAUGCAGGGCAUGAGGAGGAUGAACUUAAACCUUUUGUUGAACCAGAACUAGACAUCUCGGACCAGAAAAGAAUAGAUAUUAUGGUAGGAAUGGGAUAUUCUCAAGAAGAAAUUCAAGAAUCUCUUAGUAAAAUGAAGUAUGAUGAAAUCACAGCUACAUACUUACUGCUAGGAAGGAAGUCAUCAGAGUUGGAUGCAAGUGAUUCAAGCUCCAGCAGCAAUCUUUCACUUGCCAAAGUUAGGCCAAGUAGUGAUCUUAAUAAUAGCACUGGACAAUCUCCUCAUCACAAAGUUCAGAGAAGCAUAUCUUCUAGCCAGAAACAGCGGCGGUACAGUGAUCACGCUGGACCGUCCAUCCCCUCAGUAGUGGCAUAUCCCAAAAGAAGCCAGACUAGUACUACAGACAGUGACCUCAAAGAGGAAGGAAUUCAGUCAAGAAAAUCCAGUAGUAGUGCUGUUGCAGGAAGAGGAAUUGCACCAGCUAGCCCAAUGCUUGGAAAUGCCAGCAAUCCCAAUAAGGCUGAUAUUCCUGAACGUAAGAAAAGUUCGGCUGUCCCUAGUAAUAAUACUACCCCUGGAGCAAUGACACGGCGCAACACAUAUGUUUGUAGUGAAAGAACCACUGCUGAUAGGCAUUCAGUGAUACAAAAUGGCAAGGAGAACAGCCUGACAGAAAUGUUCGCUUACGCAGCUAGCCCUGCUUCAGUUUGUACCACAUCCUUCUCCAGUGUUCGGCUGCGACAUCAGAAGUCGAUGUCCAUGUCAGCCUCUGUGCACACGAAGAUGAUGUUGCCUCCAAUAGACAAUGGCGCAGAUAACUUCAGGCCUAUCACUAUUCCCGAUCAGAGAACUCCCGUUGCUUCAACCCACAGCAUUAGCAGUGCGACCACCCCUGACCGUAUUCGUUUCCCCAGAGGAACGGCCAGCCGGAGCACGUUCCACGGGCAGCUGCGCGAGCGCCGCACCGCCACCUACAACGGCCCGCCCGCCUCGCCCAGCCUGUCCCACGAGGCCACGCCGCUCUCACAGACCCGCACCAGGGGCUCCACUAACCUCUUUAGCAAACUAACUUCUAAACUAACCAGAAGAAACAUGUCAUUCAGGUUUAUCAAAAGGCUCCCGACUGAAUAUGAGAGGAACGGGAGAUUUGAGGGCUCAAGCCGCAAUGUAGCUGUGGAUCAGAAGGAUGAGAACAAGGAAGCCAAGCCUCGGUCGCUGCGUUUUACCUGGAGCAUGAAAACCACCAGCUCCAUGGAUCCCAAUGACAUGAUGAGGGAAAUACGAAAGGUCCUGGAUGCCAAUAAUUGUGACUAUGAACAAAGAGAGCGUUUCUUGCUUUUCUGUGUCCAUGGAGAUGGGCACGCAGAAAACCUUGUCCAGUGGGAAAUGGAGGUGUGUAAACUGCCAAGACUGUCCCUGAAUGGAGUUCGCUUUAAGCGGAUAUCGGGAACAUCCAUAGCUUUCAAAAACAUUGCUUCCAAAAUUGCCAAUGAGUUAAAGCUGUAACAAGAAAAAAUAGUUAAGUUGUAAAUUAGUUAGCAAUUUAAAGUGUUUUUGAGAAUUCCGAUGGAAAUGUAUAGAAUAACAUUUAGGCAAUAACUUCUGCAUCCUUCUGAAUAGUGAUAUUAAAAAAAAAAAAGCUGCUGAGCUGGGAGGGAGAGUUGGACUUUUUUAUAAGUGCACUACAGCAUUAAAGUUGCCUACUAUGUAAAAUAUUACCCCUUCUGCUUUAUUUCCAUUGCUCCUAAGUCUUUGACAACAAAUUGAAACACAGAAUAUAUUCAUUUAAAUAUGCCUCCUGUUUGUGUGGAUGUGUGAAUGUACAGUAUGUGUGUAUAAUAUAUAAAGUAUUAUAUGUAAACAAUUCAUUUACAACAUUGAGCUGUACCAGUACCUCUUUUUGGGCUAAUUUUGGUGCUAAAAAUUGAAAUGGCCAAGGAGGAAACACUUGAGUUAAUAUUUAAAAUGACUGAAGAGAUAACCAGUAAACACAGGUUUACAGUUCACUGCUGUGUUAAGAAAAGUGUGUGAAGGGUUUGGAUUUAUGGUUGUGAACAUUAUUAGUCCUGUUUUCUAAGUAGAUCUCAUGAAAUGAUUAAAAAUUCACUUUUACUGAGUAAGUCUUGCAUUAUAUUUUGCCCACCUAUUUAUUAUUUAAGUCUGAAUCAAAUUUUAAUAAUGUAGUUAAUUUGUGCAUUAAUAUUUGGGUAAACGCUUCCAUUCUUCUGCUUCUGCUAAACUACUAAAACUGUAUCUUUGUCCUUUUGGCUUAUGAGUAUUGAUCGCAGCUAAGAACAUUUCUCUGUUGUUCCUCUAGGGAAUGAGGCAGUGUAAAGGGAGGUGCUAAUUGCUGAGUAGUGGUUUUUUUUCAGAGCGAGUUUGCCACGUUAGAUUAGAUCAGGCUGAUACAAAGCACAAAGGGACUCUCAAAUCAUGGCCAUUCUCCGCCUCGAGCCACGUCCAAGUCGGUGCCGUUCCGAGGCCUUGCUGCACGUUGGGCAGUGCUGUCCCUCACCUUCCAGGCAGCCCUCAGCGUUGAAACCCGAAAGUGGGAAUCAAUUUGGCUACUGAUCUUCUCUGUCCAAACAUCCAGCUUUCUAAGCCACAGCCAUAGGCAGGAGCAGUUGCAGCUUUUCCUUGCAGCUCUCUUCCAGCGAGCUUCCCCUUGGCUCCGGUUGCGUUGCUUUGGAUGGCUCCGUGCCCGUGUGUCUCUGGCCGUGCUGCCGAGGGAGUCCCCUGUCCCCUGUCCCCGUGCAGUGUGGAGCCCGCCCCGAUGAACUCUGUUGGCCAACUAGCUUUUGGUAGGACAUGAAGCUGCUCUGGCAUAGCCCCCACUUUUUAACCAUCGCAGCGGUGAAGCGGAUUUGAUUUUGCAAACUAGGAUGAAGAGAUUUCUUCAUGCAUUGUUUCCUACCGAUACUCGGUUUAUUUCAUCGAGGACUUGUGUAGAUAAUACCCUGCAUUAUCUACUUGACCUUUUGUAUUAAUGUUUUGUGGUUAUAUUUCAGUGAAGCACUUACGCAUGUACUUAACAUGUGCUUUAAACUGGAGCCUAAAUUUGCAUUUUAAAUUUGCAGUGAGCUAAUAGUUACUCAUAGUACACAGUUCAGAUUUGACCCGAGGUGAAAAUGCAAAGUCCUUAAUAUUUUGCAAGUUAGCUCUUGUGAUCUGUAGUCUGUGAAGGCAGCAGACUUCCCCUCUCUUUCCCCUAAGCAUUGAUAUUGAUUAUGCUAGUUUAAAGGGUAAUCAUAGUUGUUAAAUGUAGUAAAUAUUCCUGAAUUUGCAUUUUAUUCUCUGUAUAUUCUGUAUCAUGCCAUGGCUUGAGAACUCCAGGUGCUGCUGGAGUUCAGUUGGCUUUCAGUGCUCUGCCCAUGCCUGUGCUGCUCAGGAUGGGUUUUUUCCAUGAAAACUCCAUUUUGUAAUAGCAAUAAGACAUUUCAGGGCAGUCAUUGUACUUUCUCAGGUGAAUGGUCACCUAUCCUUUCACUCCCUAUGCUUUAAGCACUCCUCCAAAUGUAUUUUUUUCACCUGGCAGUGCACUUUGUUGUCUGAACUGAAAAAGUGUUCUGAUAAAUUAUGUAAAUCUGUAUUCAAUGGAAGUUCCAAAAGGUUUCGUAUUAAAUGUUUUCUGAAAUA